AAUUUCCAACCGACCGUCCACUGACUUGGACAGACGACAGCUGCUGCGUUAAUGGAGCUGAGAUAAGGCCAAACAACAAAGAAAAAAUAAACAAGUGUGAAAAUACACCUAACAUUAACUUGUAGAGUUUUUCUUUUUCUUCUUUUUGGAUAGGAUUAAAGAAUCAUCAUCAUAAAGACAUAUUGGUUUGCCUGAAAUUGCAAGUUUUUGAAAUUGAGGGAGAGUUUGGCAGACACGUGGUAUUUGUCUGAUUCUCCAACCCCCACCCCCAACCCCAUGAUGUCCCCAUUUGCCCUACUCAGCACUUUACUCUGUAUGUAGAGUCAAAGAAAAGAGAAGACAACACAAUAUAGUGGUGUGACUGGUGUCCUCCUAUUACGCAAACACACAUUUUCACCCUUUUGUAAAAGGGGUAGGACAUUUCUUGGCAAGAUUUGAUUUUUAUUUGGUUUUCUUGUUUUUUGGGUACUUGGAGAUUGAUUUGGAUUUGUGGGGUUAGUUGAUAAUUUAGGUGAGAUGGGGAAGAAAAGGGGUUUGCCCAAUUGGGUUCCUAAUGGGUGGAAGGUGGAGGUUAGAACACGCAAGAAAGGAAAGAAAGAAAAGUGGUAUAUUGAUCCCUCAAAAGGACUCAAAUUCUGCUCCAAGGCGGACGUUCUUCACUAUCUUAGCAGUGUUGACAGUAAUUGUUCUAAGAGUUCUAAUACAAAAGAAAUGGAGAAGAAAGGCACCGAAAAGUGUUUUACUGAGAAGACUGCAUCAGAAGGGUUGCCACCAGGAUGGAUUAAGGAAUUGAAGGUCAGGAGAAAGGGGCGCAAGAUCAGGAAAGAUCCGUAUUAUAUUGAUCCUGUCAGUGGACAAACUUUCCGCUCUAUGAAGCAAGUUUCUCGGUUCCUUGAAACUAGAGAGCCGGGAAGGUUUGAAUCCACGCCCGAUAAUCGAUGUCCUGAUACAGUAAAACUGGAAGAACCUUCUUCUUCUUUUCCUGCUGAAGCUGACAAGCAGAUGUCGCUAGACAGUGAUGCAUCUGGCAAGGAAGUUAAUUCGAAUCAGAAGCUGAAGUUGGGUGCUGAACAUAUGACACAUUCCAGUUGCGUAGAAGGCGGUAUGUCAUCCUGUGAAGGUUUAGGAGAUGCUGUAGCAGGGGAGAAUGUUGGGAAAGUUGUUUCAGAUCCUGCAAGUGAAGAACGUCAAGAAAAGGACGAUGAUGGUGAAGUUGUCUCGAAUACUGCUAGUGGAGAACAUCAAGAAAAGGAGGAUGAUGAUAAAGCUAUUUCAGAUCCUGCAAGUAGAGAACAUCAAGGAAAGGAAGAGGAUGGUAAAGUUGUCUCGGCUACUGCAAGUGGAGAACAUCAAGAAAAUGAGGAUGAUGGUAAAGUUGUCUCGGAAACUGUAAGUGGAGAAGAUCAAGAAAAGCCAUCACGAGAUGGAGCGGAAAAGCAUGACCAGAAAACAUUUCAGCGGAAAAGAAAAAAGGGUAUGAACUUGCCUCGCAGAGCAUCCAAACGGCUUGCUGGUAUUAAAGCUGAUACAUCUCUUAAGCUCCAAACAAAUGAUCAAACCCAGCUAACUUCAGUUAGACAGCAGGAGAGGACACAAGCUGCCACCUCUGAUAACCCUUUGAAUUUUAUUAAUACCAGUAAGCAUGUUGCAACUACAGUAACUGGUAUUACCAUCAGCAAGAAGGUAGAAACUGGGAGUCUGACUAUUAAAAGGAAAAAGCGUCUUGUUGCUUCAUCACAAACGGAGCGAGAGAAGAAGCCUUCUCCAGCUGAGCCUGCAAAAACUGUCCUUGCUAGCUGUGAAGGCGAUAAGAAAGGUGAAACAGCUCUCGAGUCAUCUUUAAGUGAUCUUUGGACAGACCCCUGCAUAGAAUUUGCAAUAAAAACUCUAACCGGCACAAUUCCAGUCAUAAACGAAAAGAAAGUGGAUGAGAUCCCGGGUUCUAAUUCGAGCAAGCCCUCUGUUAAUACUCCUUCCUCUGUGGGCUUACCUUCUGAUGAAAUAUGGGCAGAUCCUUGUUUCAUGUUUGCUGUCAAGACUCUUACUGGUGAAAUACCGAUAGGGGACGACUUAUGCUCUCAGAAGAUAGUCCAGCAGCAAUGCACUUCAUCACAAUUCCAAGGAAAUAAUGGUUUAGUAUUACCAAACAUCAGAUUUGAAGAGUUUGGCCAGGCUAAUCUUCCGCGCUAUGCAGCACCAGAAAUGUCUUCAUACAAGCAACAGCCUGCAGUAACCCCUAAUGCAUACCAGAAUCGUUGGUUCGCUAAAUUUGGUUCUCAUCGGCCUUCACCACUUUGUUGAGAAAGAUCAUGGUAGAUUGUAACUUAGCUUAGGAAGUUCAACCUAGCUUGUAGAAGUAUCAUUAUAACUAAAGUGCCUAAGUUAGCACAAGCUCAAAUUUUCAAGCAGUAAAAACUAUGAUGUAAAAACAUUAUUCACAAACUGCCUGUUCUGUGUAAUUGUUGUUGUAAAACUUUUAUGUUAGGCAGCUUUUCAUUCUGCUUCA